GUGCCUUUGCCUGACCCCCAGGCCCUGUCCAGUGUCCACGUCCAGCCGGUCUUCUCUUCCUCCUCUGCUCAAUCUCCGCAGAACACCAGAUGAAACCCUAAUCGGCCUCCCCGAUGCAAGCAUCUGCGGCGCGCUUCUGCUUCUCCUCCGCCUCCAAGAAGGUCAUUGCUGACGUUUCUUACACCGUUGCACGGUCUUGCUAUGGGCCUCUCCGUGGGAAGACACAUGUGGCUUCUCUUUCUGCUCAGGAUCCACCCAAUGUCCAGAAGAGAGUAACAAAACAAGAAAGAAGAGCAAGGGUCGAGGAAUUUGUUCAAAAUUACAGGGCAUCACACGAAGGAAAAUUUCCAUGUGCUUCAUCCGUUCGUCAGCAGGUUGGAGGGUCCUACUACGUAGCGCGAGCAUUACUCCAGGAAUUGGAGUAUAAUUCAAGACUGAAGAGUGAUGCCAGAAAUGACUCACUCGAGUCAGAUGACUUCAAAGAAACACAUGGGCUCAACAAUACUGAUCUUUCCACACGAGAUGCUAGUACCGGCUUUGAAGGCAUAAAUGAAGAAGUGGCUAAAACUUCGGAGUCUCUGGAUUUCAAGACUCAACUUUCAGAAUGCCAUGGUAAAACUGGACCUAUCAAGUCAGAUUUGUCCUCGUCAAUUUCUUUGGAACAUAAAUGUGGGCCAAUGGCAGCAUCAGAUCAAACUGAAAGCAACAAGAUGAUGAAGGCAGAAACGCUCGAGAGCUCUAAGCAUGUGCAUGGAGGAUCAACGGAGACAAAUCUUUGGGGAAGCCUAAAAUCCUUUGCUGAAGGAGUCAGGAUCUUCUGGAAAAAUCUGUAAAUUCAUCUGGUUUGGCCAGAUGCAUUUUACUUAAUAGGAUUCACAUUGUUGUGCUCUUCUUUUUCAUGGAUCUUGAACACAAUUGUAUAGUUCUCCACUAGGACCAUCCUUCUUUAAAACCAUUAGGGUGAGGGCCAUAUUCCCUUAUUGUUCAGAUGAUACCCCAGUUGGUUAACGCACUAGCACCAUUUUGUGCCUGGAUACAUGCCUGGAUACAUAUCCUCAUUCUCCAGUACUAGCACCAAUCUGUUAACGA